CUUAUUUCUUCAUUCAAAUAUUAUUUCCUCUUUAAAAGUCUACUCCCUUUUCUUCUUCUUCUUCUUCUCUCUUCUAUGUGUGUUUUCCUUUGUCCAAAGACAAUGAAAAAUCAAGACCAAAACUCCAUAGCAAUGGCUAUCAAACUAUUCAACACCCCAUUAAAUAUUCUAAAUCUCCUUUCUUCUUUCUUCUUCUUUGCUUGUGGUUUAACUUGUGGUAUUAUUUUCACUUUUUAUUUCAAGAAUUUUUAUAGCCUCAAUUUACAAGUCAUUAAUAGCCAAAUAUUAUCUUAUUCUUCUUCUUCACAACCCUUUUCACCACCACCUCCACCAUCACCACCGCCGCGGUCGCCGCCACCCCGAGUAGGGUUAAAUGAGUAUAUUAAACCACCUAGUUUACUUCAACAUGAUAUGAGUGAUAAAGAAUUAUUAUGGAGAGCUUCUAUGGUACCAAAAAUUCAAGAAUUUCCAUUUAAAAGAGUUCCAAAAGUUGCUUUUAUGUUUUUAACAAGAGGGCCAGUUUUAUUAUCACCACUUUGGGAAAUGUUCUUUAAAGGAAAUGAAGGGUUUUACUCCAUUUAUGUGCAUUCUGAUCCUUCUUAUAAUCAAUCACAACCUGAAAGUCCAAUUUUUCAUGGCAGGAGAAUUCCAAGCAAGGAAGUGGAAUGGGGCAAAGUAAAUAUGGUAGAGGCUGAGAAAAGACUACUAGCAAAUGCUCUUCUUGACAUCUCCAACCAAAGAUUUGUUCUCCUUUCAGAGGCUUGCAUUCCCUUGUUCAAUUUCUCUACAAUCUACACUUAUCUAAUGAACUCCACGAAAAAUUUCGUGGAGACAUAUGAUCUUCCCGGCCCAGUGGGCCGGGGCCGAUAUCGUCAUCAAAUGAGCCCAACAAUCAAGAUUCAACAAUGGAUGAAAGGGUCUCAAUGGUUCGAAAUAGAUAGAGAUCUUGCUAUCGAGGUUGUUUCAGACAAGACGUAUUUUCCAGCAUUCCAGAAAUAUUGCACAGGUUCGUGUUAUGCUGACGAGCAUUACUUGCCGACAUUUGUGAGCAUGAAAUUCGGGAAGAUGAAUUCGGGUCGGACCUUGACUUGGGUCGAUUGGUCGAAAGGCGGGCCCCACCCGACCCGAUUCCAUAGGUCAGAUGUCACUGUGGAGUUCUUGGAGAAGUUGAGGAGUGAAAGCCAAUGUGUGUACAAUGGUGAGAAGACAAAUGUGUGUUAUUUGUUUGCAAGGAAGUUCACUACUCAUGCUUUGAGUAGACUUCUGAUUUUUGCACCAAUGGUUAUGCAUUUCAACAGAUAAUAGGAUUAAUUAACACAUUUUUAUGUACAUGAAAAACCAAUUCUUUUGUAACAAGUGAUCACAUGAUCAAUAAUUUUUCAUUGUUUGAUUUUUUCUAUCAGUUCAACAAAGUCUGAUGGGAAAAAAUAAACCAUAGUCAUAGGAAAAUAAAAGUGAAGAUAUGUAAACAAUUUCAAUUUUUCUAUAAAAGAACAUUUUCAGCUCUUU